AUGGACAACCUCACUUUCGCAAACAGCAUUCUCCUCGUGGAGGGACUGAAAAUUAUACCUCAAUCUUCCUAUCCUGUUUUCAUCCUGCUUCUAUUGGUUUAUGUCUUUAUUAUGGUUUCCAACAUUGGACUUAUAAUUCUGAUCUCAACAGAGAAGAAUCUACAUCAUCCUAUGCAUUUUCUGUUCUGUAACUUGCCACUAAAUGAUAUAAUGGGGACCACUGUCAUUUUGCCACGUUUAAUGCAAGACAUUUUAAGAGAAACGUCAGAGCGCUAUAUGACAUACGUAGAGUGUGUUGUUCAAGCUUAUUUUGUGCAUGUUUUUGCAGUAGCAUGUCACUAUGUGCUGAUGAUAGGACUCACUAUACGCCUAUCUCGCUGCAGAUCCAAAAUCGAAAACCCUUUCUGUGACAAUGCCUCACUGUUUAAACUGUCCUGUGAAAACGUGAUUGUUAAUAAUGUGUUUGGAAUAGUUUAUACUGUGAUUGUUUUUACCUUGUCACUUGGGUCUGUAUUUAUAACAUAUGGGAAGAUUGCUACUGUGUGCAUAACCAGCAAAAACAAAUCACUGAACAGCAAAGCCAUGAAAACCUGUAGCACUCACAUAGCUGUUUAUAUAAUCAUGUUUGUUUCUUGUGCCAGUUUUAUUUUUCUUCAUCGAUUUCCUGAAUACUCUGAAAGCAGGAAACUAGCUAGUAUAAUGUUCCACAUUGUACCACCAGGACUAAAUCCUGUAGUAUAUGGUUUACAAACCAAAGAAAUAAGACAGAAAUUUAUUAAAUUUUGGGUAUAUUAA